UUAAUGGGCUCUUCUAUCUUCUCAUUUGCUCUUUCGAUCUUUUUCUUAAGUAGCUUUACCCUCUCCUUGAAUUCGAUCAUCACUGAUAAAAAUGCACUUAUUUCUUUCAAAAACUCCAUCACUUCCGAACCUUAUGCUAUCUUGAGCACCAAUUGGUCCCAAAACAACACAUCAGUCUGUAAUUGGAUUGGUGUGUCGUGCGGCCUCAAACACGGCCGUGUCACAGCUCUCAAUCUCUCUGGCUACGGCCUUGUUGGAACUGUUGCUCCACAUCUCGGAAACCUUUCGUUUCUCAGAUAUUUGGACAUCAGUUUCAACAGUUUCACGGGAAAAAUCCCAAGUGAAAUUGGAAGUUUGAGUAGGCUUAAAGAGCUGUACUUGGGCUUUAACGAUUUCAGAGGAAUGAUCCCUGAAGAAAUAGGGAAUCUUUCACAGUUAGUGGUGUUAAGCAUCCCAACCUCCUCUCUUACCGGAAAUAUUCCAUCUUCAGUGUUCAACUUAUUUUCAUUGAAAUUAAUGGACCUCUCUAACAACAGUUUGUCUGGAAAAAUCCCAAGUGAAAUUGGAAGUUUGAGUAUGCUUAGAGAGUUGUGGCUCGGCUCUAAUGAUUUUAGAGUGAUCCCUGAAGAAAUAGGGAAUCUUUCACAGCUCGAGACAUUAAGUAUCCCAGCCUCCUCUCUAACCAGAAAUAUUCCAUCUUCAGUGUUCAACAUUUCUUCAUUGAAAUUCAUCGACCUCUCUAACAAUAGCUUAUCUGGUACUCUUCCUUCAAAUAUGGGGAUUUCACUUCUCAAUCUUGAAAUACUUUAUUUGGGUUCUAACAGACUCAAUGGUCCAAUUCCAAGCACCAUCAACAAUGCUUCUAAACUUAUGGAGGUUUGCAUGGGAAACAACUCCUUCAUUGGCUCCAUACCAGACCUUGGUAAUUUGAAACACCUUCAGAAGCUAAUGCUCCGUCAUAAUCAUUUGAGUGGAGAGGAAUCUUCAACUCAGGAGUUGACAUUUCUCUCUUCGUUAACUAAAUGUCGCAAUUUGAAGUACUUGGUGGUAUCAGACAAUUCACUGAAUGGUAUCGUACCUGCUUCAAUUGGGAACUUUUCCUCUUCUCUUCAAAGUAUUUGGCUACAAAACAGCCACAUCGUGGGUGUCAUUCCUUCUGAAAUUGGAAAUUUAAGUAGUUUGUUGUUUAUUGAACUGGGAGGUAAUCAGCUGCGUGGACCCAUUCCACCAUCAAUUGGGAAUAUGAAGAAACUCCAACGAAUGUAUCUUUACGGGAAUAAGUUGGAAGGGUCUAUUCCUAACGACGUAUGCCGAUUGAAUAAUUUGGGGGAGUUGUACCUUUACGAAAACAUGCUUGCGGGUUCAAUACCGAAGUGUUUAGGUGAAGUUAAAUCUAUGAGAUUGCUUGACUUAGGAUACAAUCAGUUGAAUUCCACUAUCCCUUCUAGCUUCUGGAAUCUUACAGACCUCUUGGAAUUGAGCUUGUUCUCAAAUUAUCUGAAUGGACAAUUGUCAUCACAACUUGGAAAGUUAAAGUCAAUCAGAUAUGUAGACUUGUCCUUUAAUCAAUUUUCAAGUGAUAUCCCUAGCUCAAUUGGUGGUUGCCAGUCAUUAGAAUCUCUUUACUUAUCAAAUAAUUUGUUGGAAGGAUCUAUUCCCCAAUCCUUAGCAAGUGUUAGAAAUUUGAUAGCAUUGGAUUUAUCUUACAAUAACCUUUCUAGAUCUAUACCCAAGUCAUUAGAAGACCUUCGUUUUCUUGAGUAUUUCAAUGUUUCCAACAACAAAUUGGUUGGGGAAAUUCCAGAUAGGGGUUGUUUUGGUAACUUGAGUGAUCAAUCGUUUUCCCACAACCUUGCCCUUUGUGGUCCAAUAAGAUUUAAAGUUCCACCAUGCACAGAUAAUCAUCAUACAUCAAAAAACUUGAUGAAAUUUAUAGUGCCUUCAGUGAUUUUAGCUUUGACUAUGGUGAUUGUCAUCCUUGUGUUUAUAAAUAAAUUUAAAUCGAGGAAAUCACCACUACUUCUCACUAAUAUUUCACCGGUGACUGAAUAUAGAAGAGUUUCUUACAUAGAACUAGAGCGGGGAACCAGUGGUUUUAGUGAGAGCAACCUUCUUGGAAAAGGAAGUUUUGGUUCGGUAUUUGAAGCAACACUUUCUAAUGGGUUGAAAGUUGCAAUAAAAGUUUUUAACUUGCAACUACAAGGAGCAGAAAGGAGCUUCUAUACUGAAACUGAGAUACUUGGGAGCAUUCGACACAGAAAUAUAGUUCGUGUUAUUGGAUGUUGCACUAGCCCAAAGUUUAAAGCUUUGGUGCUCACAUAUAUGCCAAAUGGGAGCUUGGAUAAAUGGUUAUAUUCCAACAUGUAUUGUCUAGAUCUUAUCCAGAGACUGAAGAUAGCAAUAGAUGUUGCAGCAGCCUUGGAAUAUCUUCACCAUGGCCAUACAUGCCCAGUAGUCCAUCGUGAUGUAAAGCCAAGCAAUGUUUUGCUCGAUGAAGACAUGGUCGCUCAUCUUGGUGAUUUUGGUAUUGGCAAACUUUUUGACGAUGGAGAAGUUGUCGUUCAAACACAAACAUUGGCGACUAUCGGCUAUGCAGCACCAGAGUUGGGAAUGGAAGGGAAAGUGUCCACACAUGGAGAUGUGUAUAGUUUUGGGAUAAUGUUGCUCGAGAUGUUUACAGGGAAGAAGCCAACAGAUGAUAUGUUUGAUGGGGAAAUGAGGUUGAAAGAGUGGGUAAGUGAAUCAUUACAAAAAAACUCAGUUCCUAUUGCACCCGCUUUGCUAUCUAGCGAAGAUCGGGAUUUAUGUGCAAAGGAGCAAUGCAUGUUGUCAAUUUUUGAGCUGGCAAUGAAAUGUUUAGCCGCUGCACCUCAAGAAAGAAUCAACAUGAUUGAAGCAGCGAACACUCUUCAGAGGAUCUAUGCAACAACGGUAACAGAAAGACGUCGUCCACCACCAUAUGCCUUUUCUGUUAGUAUUCGCGAUAAUGGGUUAUGAUGCUUGUUGCAUAGCGAACUCAUAUUGUGUGUAAAGACUAUGUCGAGAGUUCGUGUGGCAUAUAUGUAUAAGUUGUGAAGUUGGAAAUUUAUGAGCAUGUUAUAUAGUAAGAGUGGGAUUGUGGAGGCGAAUUAAAGUAAUAACUGCUCCCUCUGUCCCAUAG